AUGGCCCCAAGAAAGAGAGGUGGACGGGGGAUUUCAUUCAUCUUCUGCUGUUUCCGAAACAAUGAUCACCCAGAAAUCACGUAUCGGCUGCGAAAUGAUAGCAACUUUGCGCUUCAGACCAUGGAGCCAGCGUUACCCAUGCCCCCUGUGGAGGAGCUGGAUGUCAUGUUCAGCGAACUCGUGGAUGAACUUGACCUCACAGACAAACACAGGGAAGCCAUGUUUGCACUUCCAGCAGAGAAAAAAUGGCAGAUAUACUGUAGCAAGAAAAAGGACCAGGAAGAAAACAAGGGAGCAACAAGUUGGCCUGAGUUCUACAUUGAUCAGCUCAAUUCCAUGGCUGCUAGAAAAUCUCUGCUGGCUUUAGAGAAGGAAGAGGAAGAAGAGAGAAGUAAAACUAUAGAGAGUCUGAAGACAGCACUAAGGACAAAACCAAUGAGGUUUGUAACCAGAUUCAUUGACUUGGAUGGCCUGUCAUGUAUUCUCAACUUUCUAAAGACCAUGGACUACGAGACCUCAGAGUCUCGAAUACAUACCUCUCUCAUAGGAUGUAUAAAGGCGCUAAUGAACAACUCUCAAGGUCGGGCUCAUGUCCUGGCUCAUUCUGAGAGUAUUAAUGUUAUUGCUCAGAGUCUGAGCACAGAGAACAUUAAGACGAAGGUGGCCGUGCUGGAAAUCUUGGGCGCUGUGUGCCUGGUUCCCGGGGGCCACAAGAAGGUUCUGCAGGCCAUGCUGCACUACCAGAAGUAUGCCAGCGAGAGAACCCGCUUUCAGACGUUAAUUAAUGACUUGGAUAAGAGCACGGGGCGGUAUCGAGAUGAAGUGAGUCUUAAGACUGCCAUCAUGUCUUUCAUCAAUGCAGUGCUAAGCCAAGGCGCAGGAGUGGAAAGUUUGGACUUUAGACUUCAUCUUCGCUAUGAAUUUCUGAUGUUGGGAAUUCAGCCUGUAAUAGACAAAUUAAGGGAACAUGAAAAUUCAACAUUAGAUAGGCAUUUAGAUUUUUUUGAAAUGCUCCGAAAUGAAGAUGAGCUAGAAUUUGCCAAAAGAUUUGAACUGGUUCACAUAGACACAAAAAGUGCUACUCAGAUGUUUGAACUGACCAGGAAGAGGCUCACCCACAGUGAAGCUUACCCGCACUUCAUGUCCAUCCUGCACCACUGCCUCCAAAUGCCUUACAAGAGAAGUGGCAACACAGUUCAGUACUGGCUACUCCUGGAUAGAAUUAUACAGCAAAUCGUUAUUCAGAAUGACAAAGGUCAAGACCCUGACUCCACACCUUUGGAAAACUUUAAUAUCAAGAAUGUCGUCCGGAUGUUGGUUAAUGAAAAUGAAGUUAAGCAGUGGAAAGAACAAGCAGAAAAAAUGAGAAAAGAGCACAAUGAGUUACAACAGAAGUUGGAAAAGAAAGAGCGAGAAUGUGAUGCCAAGACCCAGGAGAAGGAAGAGAUGAUGCAGACCUUAAAUAAAAUGAAAGAGAAACUGGAAAAAGAGACCACCGAGCACAAGCAAGUGAAGCAGCAGGUGGCGGACCUCACGGCCCAGCUGCACGAGCUGAGCAGGAGAGCUGUCUGCGCUUCACUCCCAGCUGUACCCUCACCUGGAGCCCCCGGGGGACCCUUUCCUUCCUCUGUGCCAGGGUCUCUCCUCCCUCCCCCACCACCCCCACCUCUGCCAGGCGGAAUGGGUCCUCCUCCGCCUCCUCCCCUCCCCCCAGGAGGCCCCCCUCCUCCCCCAGGGCCUCCUCCCUUGGGGGGAAUCAUGCCACCUCCUGGUGCCCCCCUGGGUCUGGCACUCAAGAAGAAGAACAUUCCUCAGUCCACAAAUGCCCUGAAAUCCUUCAACUGGUCUAAGCUGCCUGAGAACAAACUGGAAGGAACAGUAUGGACUGAAAUUGAUGAUACAAAAGUCUUCAAAGUUCUAGAUCUUGAAGACCUGGAGAGAACUUUCUCUGCUUAUCAAAGACAACAGGAUUUCUUUGUGAACAGUAACUCCAAGCAGAAAGAAGCAGAUGCCAUUGAUGACACCCUGGGCUCCAAACUUAAAGUCAGAGAGCUUUCUGUGAUCGAUGGUCGGAGAGCUCAGAAUUGCAACAUCCUUCUCUCGAGGUUGAAAUUAUCCAAUGAUGAAAUCAAACGAGCAAUUCUAACCAUGGAUGAGCAGGAGGAUCUGCCCAAGGACAUGUUGGAACAGCUCUUGAAAUUUGUUCCCGAAAAAAGUGAUAUUGACCUGUUGGAGGAACAUAAACAUGAACUGGAUCGGAUGGCCAAGGCUGACAGAUUCCUAUUUGAGAUGAGCAGAAUUAAUCAUUAUCAACAAAGACUGCAGUCGCUGUACUUCAAAAAGAAGUUUGCAGAGCGUGUAGCUGAAGUGAAACCCAAAGUAGAAGCAAUUCGUUCUGGCUCAGAAGAGGUGUUUAGGAGUGGUGCCCUGAAGCAGCUGCUGGAAGUGGUUUUGGCAUUUGGAAAUUACAUGAAUAAAGGCCAGAGAGGCAAUGCGUAUGGAUUCAAGAUAUCCAGCCUAAAUAAGAUUGCCGACACCAAAUCCAGUAUUGACAAGAACAUUACACUUUUGCACUAUCUCAUCACUAUUGUGGAAAAUAAAUACCCCAAGGUUCUCAAUCUAAAUGAGGAGCUGCGGGACAUUCCUCAAGCAGCAAAAGUAAACAUGACUGAGCUGGACAAAGAAAUAAGCACAUUGCGAAGUGGCCUGAAAGCAGUAGAAAUGGAGCUGGAAUAUCAGAAGUCUCAGCCCUCACAGCCAGGAGAUAAGUUUGUGUCUGUUGUCAGUCAAUUCAUCACUGUAGCCAGCUUCAGCUUCUCUGACGUUGAAGAUCUUCUAGCAGAAGCUAAAGACUUGUUCACUAAAGCAGUGAAACACUUUGGGGAAGAGGCUGGAAAAAUACAACCGGAUGAGUUCUUUGGCAUUUUUGAUCAGUUUCUUCAGGCUGUGUCAGAAGCCAAACAAGAGAAUGAAAACAUGAGAAAGAAGAAGGAGGAGGAGGAGCGCCGAGCUCGCAUGGAGGCUCAGCUCAAAGAACAACGUGAAAGGGAACGGAAAAUGAGGAAAGCAAAAGAGAACAGUGAAGAAGGCGGAGAGUUUGAUGACCUGGUUUCCGCUUUACGCUCAGGAGAAGUGUUUGACAAAGACCUUUCCAAACUGAAGCGGAAUCGCAAGCGCAUCACCAACCAGAUGACAGACAGCAGCCGGGAGAGACCGGUCACAAAACUUAACUUCUAA